AUGCACACAGCCGAGACCUACAACAGUUCUUCAGUGACCAUGUUCAUCCUACUGGGAUUCACAGACCAUCCGGAACUGCAGGUCUUCCUCUUUGUGACAUUCCUGGGCAUCUAUCUCGUGACUUUGGCCUGGAACUUGGCCCUCAUCUUUCUGAUCAGAAAUGACCCUCGACUGCACUCACCAAUGUACUUCUUUCUUAGCAACUUGUCCUUCAUUGACAUCUGCUACUCCUCUGCUGUGGCUCCCAAGCUGCUCGCUGACUUCUUCCAGAAGCAGAAGACCAUAUCCUUCAUGGGCUGUGCAGCUCAAUUUUUCUUCUUUGUCGGGAUGGGUCUGACCGAAUGCUUCCUCCUCACAGCUAUGGCCUAUGACCGGUAUGCUGCUAUCUCCAGCCCCUUGCUCUACACAGCCAUUAUGUCUCAGAGGCUCUGUACACGCAUGGUGCUGGGCGCCUAUGUGGGAGGGUUCCUGAGCUCCAUGAUCCAGGCCUGUUCCAUCUUCCGGCUUCACUUCUGUGGUCCCAACAUUAUCAACCACUUCUUCUGCGACCUCCCACCAGUCCUGGCCCUGUCUUGUUCUGACAUCUUCCUCAGCCAAGUGAUCAAUUUCCUGGUGGUGGUUGCUGUUGGAGGGACAUCGUUCCUCAUUCUCCUCAUUUCCUACAGUUACAUAGUGUCUGCUGUCCUGAAGAUCCGCUCCCUGGACGGCCGAUGCAAAGCCUUCAAUACCUGUGCCUCACACCUAAUGGUGGUGACAUUGUUGUUUGGGACAGCCCUUUUCAUGUACUUGAGACCCAGUUCCAGCUACUCACUAGGUAGGGACAAGGUGGUGUCUGUGUUCUAUUCACUUGUGAUCCCCAUGUUGAAUCCACUCAUUUACAGUUUAAGGAACAAAGAGAUCAAGGAUGCCCUGUGGAAGGUGUUGGAGAGGAAUUUUCCCAGGUCAUGA